ACGACAGCAAGCAGUGCUGCCAAGAACUCACAACAGAAUACCAAAGGCUUGCAGCUUUUAUUGAAUUGCGAUUUAAUUAAUGUAUGUGAGUAAAACUUUAUUAUGAACGAUAUAAAGCAAUUAAGGGAACAGCAGCGCGACAAACAUCCAGGCUUUGACGGAUACCUGGACUGCAUGACACGUGCUCUCUUCACGGGACUUGCAUCAUUUUGUUUAGGAUUUGCUGGCACAUAUUUUGUACAGAAGGCGGUGCAAACAAGAAUACACUAUCCAGCCAAAUUCAACGUAUUGGUGUCAGCCCUAGUGGCAACUGGGAUAUCCUAUCAAACGACAACGACACGCACCAAGUCCUGUCAAGCGGCUUGGAUGGCCUUCGAGGACAAACACUCUGUGCUCAAGGAGAAAACGUUUUAA